UGCUUGCCCAAUCUCACUCCGAGUCUCCCUACCCAUAGACUCAACAACAACGAGGCAUUGGCAUUUGUUUGUUCCGUUCCGUCGCGUCCCAUUUUCCGGCGCCCAGCCAACUCACCCUCUCCCUCUGCUCCUGUUCCAUUCCACCGGGCCGCCUCUCGCUCCUGCCCCGUUCCGGAUGGCGGUGAUGACGGACAUGCCCGCGGCGACGGCGCUGCGCGCGCCGGCCCCUGCCGCCGCCGCCGCCGCGUCCAGCGACAAGGACGCCGAGAAGCUGAGGUUCAUCGAGGAGAUGACCUCCAACGUCGACGCCGUGCAGGAGCGCGUCCUGGCCGAGAUCCUCGCCAGGAACGCCGGGACCGAGUACCUGGCGCGCUGCGGCCUCGCCGGCGCCACCGACCGCGCCGCGUUCCGCGCCAGGGUGCCCGUCGUCACCUACGAGGACCUGCAGCCCGACAUCCAGCGCAUCGCCAACGGCGACCGCUCGCCCAUCCUCUCCGCGCACCCCAUCUCCGAGUUCCUCACCAGCUCCGGGACCUCGGCCGGCGAGCGCAAGCUGAUGCCCACCAUCAAGGAGGAGCUCGACCGGCGCCAGCUGCUCUACAGCCUCCUCAUGCCGGUCAUGAACCUGUACGUGCCUGGGCUGGACAAGGGCAAGGCGCUCUACUUCCUGUUCGUCAAGUCGGAGACGACGACGCCCGGCGGUCUGACGGCGCGGCCCGUGCUGACGAGCUACUACAAGAGCGAGCACUUCAAGAACCGCCCCUACGACCCGUACCACGACUACACGAGCCCCACGGCCGCCAUCCUCUGCGCCGACGCGUUCCAGAGCAUGUACGCGCAGAUGGCGUGCGGGCUCUGCCAGCGCCACGACGUGCUCCGCGUGGGCGCCGUGUUCGCAUCGGGCCUCCUCCGCGCCAUCCGCUUCCUGCAGCUCCACUGGGAGCAGCUCGCCGACGACAUCGAGGCCGGGACGCUGACCCCGCGCGUGACCGACCUGUCCGUCCGCGAGGCCGUGGCGGGCAUCCUCCGCCCGGACCCGGAGCUGGCCCGGUUCCUCCGCGGCGAGUGCUCCCGCGGCGACUGGGCGGGCAUCAUCACCCGCGUGUGGCCCAACACCAAGUACCUGGACGUGAUCGUCACCGGCGCGAUGCAGCAGUACAUCCCGACCCUUGAGUACUACAGCGGCGGCCUGCCCAUGGCGUGCACCAUGUACGCCUCGUCGGAGUGCUACUUCGGGCUGAACCUCCGGCCGAUGUGCCACCCCUCGGAGGUGUGCUACACCAUCAUGCCCAACAUGGGCUACUUCGAGUUUCUCCCCGUGGACCAGGCGAGCGGCGUGGCUUCGGGCGACGCGGCGCAGCUGGUGGACCUGUCCCGCGUGGAGGCCGGGCGCGAGUACGAGCUGGUGAUCACCACGUACGCGGGGCUCUACCGGUACCGCGUCGGCGACAUCCUCCGCGUGGCCGGGUUCCACAACGCGGCGCCGCAGUUCCGGUUCGUGCGCCGCAAGAACGUGCUGCUGUCCAUCGAGUCCGACAAGACCGACGAGGCGGAGCUGCAGCGCGCCGUGGACCGCGCGUCGGCGCACCUCCGCGCGCGGUGCGGCGGCGGCGCGGCGGUGGCGGAGUACACGAGCCAAGCGUGCACCCGGAGCAUCCCGGGGCACUACGUGGUGUACUGGGAGCUGCUGGCCACCGCGGAGCAGCAGGGCGCGGCGGUGGACGGGGAGACGCUGGAGCGGUGCUGCCUGGAGAUGGAGGAGGCGCUCAACUCGGUGUACCGGCAGAGCCGCGUGGCGGACGGGUCCAUCGGGCCGCUGGAGAUCCGGGUGGUGCGGGCGGGCACGUUCGAGGAGCUCAUGGACUACGCCAUCUCCCGGGGGGCCUCCAUCAACCAGUACAAGGUGCCCCGCUGCGUGUCCUUCCCGCCCAUCGUGGAGCUGCUCGACUCCCGCGUCGUGUCGCGCCACUUCAGCCCCUCGCCGCCGCACUGGGAGCCGGCGGCGGCGCGCCGCUCCGACUAGGCCGCCGUGGUAGCACUAGUUUUAGCGCUUGGUUCUUGCAAAAAUUUUUUGGCCUUGCGUACGUGACAGGCCGGGCCGGGUGGUGCUGGUGGAUGCUUUGUGCUGAUUAGGCCAGUCGUGUGUUUUCAGAGUUAGAGGAGCGUGUCGAGUACGUGCUAUGUAAUGUGGGUGUUGUUAAUUGCUAGUAGUGCUUAGCGAGUGGUGCCGUUGCUAGCACAAGUAACGAGAUGUGAGUAUUAGCGUGCCA